AUGGGUGUCAUCCUGUCUAGUUUGCGAUUUCUACGUCGCUUGCUGGGCUACGGCGACAAUGCCAGCAACAGCGGCGUUAACGAAAUGAAUCCGUUGUACCAGCUUCCGCCAGAGCUUUUCUGCAUGGUAAUCAAUAACCUGGGUUUACACGACCAGUUUGUCCUUUCUCAGACAAGCCGUGGCCUGCGGGCCGUCUUUUGUCGCCACUGGGAGUGGGAGAUCUCUCAACUCCCCUCUAAUGAUAGGUCUAGAUUUUGGGCAGGAUUGGCAUUUACUUUUCCGGAUCACUGGGCAUGUCCGCAAUGCUGCAGACUGCAUCCUAUCAAUGAGUCGGAUACACCAAAUUCACCGCGGAAUCCUCCUUGUGGUGCUGAUCUUUCUCUACGAAUGAUCAACCCAGGAGAUUAUUCCCUCCAACAGAAUCACAUACAGAAUGCUCUAAAGCUCUCUCGCAUGGGAAAUUCGCACCAAAAUUACCUCGACAGCUUGAUGAGGUCCCAUCAGCUCAGCAGAAUGACAGAGUUCAUGUUUGAACCGUCCUUUACAGAGACCUACACAGCGAGGCCUAGAAUUAUUAAUGGCCGAUUCAUCCUGCAACAAGAGUGGGUGAUUACAGAUGAGAUAAGUAUUAUGAGACCUCUCUUCGAUCACAUCACCAUCCCCGGCUGCCCACACUUGAAUGUCUUUGGCAAGGGGAUCAUGCACUCUAAAUGGUGGAAACGGACGGGAGCCAGAAUGACUCAGGGGGGCAAUCCCAGGCUCAGAGCAAAUAUCCUCCUUGAGCAGACGAUAGAAAACGCGAUAAUAUACGACGGAUCUAGCGUUAUUUGUUCUUGUCCACGGUGCCCGACGGACUUCGAAGUCAAAGUCUCCGAGGAUAUGCUGACGGCGACGAUCCGGGCCUGGCACGACUUUGGCGGAGAGGGUGCACCCGUGGAUACUGGUUGGGACGCACAUGUAAAGACUCCUGGUCUAUCGGACUGGAUUUACGAAGAGCUGCGGUUUGGUCAUGUUCCAGGUAGCAUUGAGAAGUUGUGGGUGUAUACCCCUGAAGAAUCAGAACUGGCAAGUCAGCAGAGGGCGUCCGGAGAGGUCAACUCGUGA